AUGAACCUUCUCAAAUCCGUAGUCAAAGCCGUCGCCGGUCCCACAAAGAUGGUCCUCGUAGUUCGAUCCGAUCUCGGACUGAAAAAGGGUAAAAUUGCCUCCCAGUGUGCUCACGCGGCCGUCAUGUGCUACGUGAGGUCUGCUUCGGUUAAUGAGUCGAUGCUGAAGCGCUGGCUGGUCCAGGGUCAACCAAAGAUUGUGGUCAAAGUGGACGACCUGGAAGGGAUGGAACGGAUAGCUGAGCUGGCAGCAGAGAAGAAGGUCGUUGCGGAGAUUGUGCGCGAUGCCGGAAGAACACAGGUGCAGAGCGGGACGGAGACGGUGCUGGGACUGGGGCCAGACUCGGCGGAGGUUAUCGAUUCGUUGGCAGGGCAUUUGAAGUUGAUGUAGUGUUAUUAAAAACAAUAUGUGGUUAAUGAA